AUGAGUUCACAAUCAUUAGAAGAAUACAGGUUAGAUCGUGGAUGGAUUGAUUCCAAUUAUUAUAUAACCUUCAAUCCGAAUUUCGAUAAUUUAUUCGAUGGUAAACUAUUCAUAGGAUAUUUACUACGAGAAACUCCAAUCGACUAUAUAACAUUAACUUAUUAUGAUAGAUAUGACAAUAUAGUGAUUGACUUUAAUGGUCGGCCAUUAAUCUUUACAUCGAGCUCUCAUAAAUUUGGACACCUUAUAGAAUCAUUACCAAGAGAAACUAAUUAUUAUUACAUUAAAUUUAUUUUUAACUUACAGUCAAACUCUGGAUUCGAUCCAGAUAAAGUUUUCUUUCAUUGUUCACAAUCGACAACAUCAACAUCAAUAGCAACGCCAAUAGCUACAUCGACAACAGAUUCAACGAUGGAAUCGACAAAAGAUUCAACGAUGGAAUCCACAGCACAUUCAACGAUUGAACCGACAGCUGUUUCAACACUUGAAUCGACAACAGAUUCAACGCCUGAAUCAACAGUACAUUCAACGAUUGAAUCGACAACAUAUUCAACGUCUGAAUCAACAAUACAUUCAACGAUAGAAUCCACAGCAGAUUCAACGCCUGAAUCGACAACUGAUUCAACAAUGGAAUCGACAACCGAUUCAACGCCUGACUCAACAGCACAUUCAACGAUUGAAUCGACAACACAUUCAACGAUACAAUCCACAGUAGAUUCAACGUCUGAAUCGACAACUGAUUCAGCGAUGGAAUCGACAACACAUUCAUCAACGGAACAUUCAUCAACAGAUUCGUCAACAGAUUCAUCAACACCGAGUUGCUUUUUUGGUGGUGAUCAAGUUCGUCUGGUUAAUGGUGAUAUAACAACAAUUAGUGAACUUCGUUCAGGUAUGAAAGUUUAUUCAAUGAAUAAUCGUGAUAAAAUAGUGGAAGAUGAAGUUAUAAUGAUGCUUCAUCAUGAUCCAGAUGGAACGGAUUUAUUUUGUGUUAUCGAAACAAGUGAUCCUAGAUAUAAGUUAUCUGUUACUUGUGAUCAUUAUGUGGCAGUUAGUGAUGGUUCAAAGACACAAUAUUUGAUGUCAAAUCAUGUAAAAUCAACUGAACAUUUUGUUUAUGUACAAAAUGAUCUCAACCAUCAACUUGAGCUUGUCCAAGUUAAAAAUGUGAUCCGUCUAUAUAAAACUGGAUUAUAUAGUUUAACAACAAAUGAAGGAACAUUAGUUGUUAAUAACAUUGUUGCAUCAUGCUAUAGUAAUGUUACUUCAAUUACAACUGCACACAAUAUUUUAGGAUUAUUUCGAGUAUAUUAUCGCGUGGCUAAAUGGUUUUCUGUUGAAGAACCAUUUAAAAUGCGAACAAAUGGAAUACCAAAACCUACAGGAAUAAUUGUUUUACAAACAACAACACAGUAUCAUACUGCAUCUCAUCGACUUGAUGAUGAACAUCAAGUUUAA